AUGUCUCAGCAGCCUCAGGGACAAGAAGUCGUAGGUUCUCCAAAUAUGUCGAUGCGGGCUAAGGGGUUGACGCCUUACGAGGUCAUGCGGUCUGCACCCGACAAUCUCACCAACACCCAAGAUGACCAUUGCGAGAUUACCCCUAAAUACCCGGUAUAUUAUUUUUUCUAUGGAACAUUGACAGCUCCAGCAACCCUUCAACGAAUCAUCGAUCUGUCAGAGGAGCCAGUAAUGCGGAAAGCCAAAGUCCUCGGAUACACGCUUGCAAAGUGGGGCGAUUACCCUGCUCUGAUAGAUGGAGAAUCAGGACAGGAGGUUGAUGGAUAUGCGUACCUUGCACAGACAAAGGAAGAAGCCCAGAAGCUUGCAUAUUAUGAGACGAAUGCUUAUACGGAGGCACACUGCUUGAUCUAUUUUGAUGAAGAACCCAUCCAAGUAUCAGGAAAGACAUUCGUGUAUGCAGGGGAUGCAAAGGCCUUGUUAGAACAACGAUUUGAUCGUAAACUAUGGCUGCAUCAAACGGGUGGGAAAUUGGUAUGA